AGCGUGAUGAGCCCCGUGUCGUUGACGCAAUUCCUGUGCAGCGUGGUAGCAGUGUGUGUCACGCUGUACCAGAUAACAUUUAAUCCACAAGACAGUGCAGUGAUAAAAUGUGCCCUGUACCUCCCAAUCCCGGCUCUACAGAUAUUCAUCUACUGCUGGUGUGGACAUGAUACAAUGGAAGCAGGCCUGUCCGUGUCGCUGGCAGCUUACGGCUCCGCCUGGGUGGGGGUGGACCGGCGGGUGACCAGCACGCUACGGGUCGUCAUGUGCAGAGCCCAGACGGCGCUGCAGCUCUCCGCCGGCAAGGUCUACCCAGUCAACAGAGACACUUUCCUGUCGCUGAUAAACGCUUCGUACACAUACUACACGCUCUUACGGCAGAUGAGAAAUCUUUAAGGAGAUUACCUCAUUGAAUCCAACGUGCCUCCAAGAAGCUGACAU